UUUUUUUUUUUUUUUUUUUUAAUUGUACAACAUAAAACCAUUUCUUUUGUUCCCCUACUUUCUUUUUCCCUCUUCUUCUUCUUAUAUAAAAGAGAUAUUAAGCUUUCAUUCUAUUUCUCUUCCUACGCUCAUUAGUCAUUAUGAAUAAUAAACAAGUCAUAUGUCGAGUGAGAGCGUUGUACUCUUAUGAAUCAAAUGAUCCUUCUUCAUUGUCAUUUAAAUCAGGCUCAGUCAUUGAUGUACUUGCCCAAUUAGAUUCUGGUUGGUGGGAUGGUUGGUAAUGUCCCUUUUAUUAAUCUCAUUCUCCUCAUACUAAUUCUAUCUUAUUUUAUUCUUAAUAGGUGUAAUGGAAGAAGAGGCUGGUUUCCCAGUAAUUAUGUUGAAAUUAUAAAAGAAACAGACGAAUCUGAUAAAUUUCAAUUAUGGGAAUUACAACAACAAAUGAAUUUAAAUCAGAAGCAGCAACGUGUGACAGAUACACGAUUAAGUAUCUAUGAUAAUUCACCAUGGAUCAUUCAAACGACUGAAGAUGGAUCUGAACAAUAUUAUUAUAAUACACAAACACAAGAAAUGAGAUACUCGAUUCCUUCUGAUUUUUAUGAUCAUUUGAGCAAUAAAAUGAAAGAAACACUAGUAGAUAAUAAUUUAACAGAAUCGUACAAUAAUAACGGGAAUUUGCUCUCUUAUGAAAUGAAUGAGCAUUAUGAACUUUCACCUCCUGUACGUCCGGUACGUGCAGUUAAUCGGAUGAUGGUGAAUGACACACUAUACAAUCAACAAUCUGUGGAUUAUCAUACAAUGCCUGUACAUGAUAAAAACACAAUAGCUUCUCCUUCCAUGUCACAACAACAUCUGGCCAUGAAAAAUGAACCAUUUGAAGUCGACUUUGAGGAUCAUGAAAAGCUUCCUCCAAAUUGGAUACGUAAAAUGACUUCAAAAGGACGAUAUUAUUACUAUAACUUUAAAUCAAAUGAAAUUACCUGGGAAUUGGAGAAUAUUGACCCUGAUACUGGCAUAUUGUUAUCUUCAUUCGCAGAUUCACCAAAUUAUCAACAAAAUUAUAGUUACAGGAGCACAGAUAUAAAUGAAGAGCAAUCGGAUCGUACAAGUAGUAUUUAUAGUGAUGAGAAUUUGCCUAUUUCAUGGCAAAGCUUAUCUUCAUCUAUUGCUCAUGUUAUUUCUAGAUUAAAGGAUUCCAUUCGUCAAGGAGAUAAUACUCAUUUUGUUCAAGAUGUUACCUCUAUCGUUCACCGUAUUCGACUUUUAUUAUACGUUUCUAAUUGUUUAGAAAAGGAAACUUCUAUUCAUUUAAGAUCAAACAAACAACUUCGAAAUCUUCAUCGCAAUUUGUUAGCUGCUCUUGCAAAGUUGGUUCUUUCAACUAAAGUCGCUUCUAGUGCUUGGUCACCGCCUGAAUCACUUGGUAAAUUACAAUCUGAUGCUGAGGAUCUUUUAAUUGCCGCUCGUAACUUUAUUAUUUAUGCUCAAGAACUACAAAUAGAAAUUAAGGAAAAUAAGCCAACGCUUUCAUCACAUGAUCACUUUCUUUAUUGGCGUAGUACGACCAUCAACAGCGAUAAUAAUAGUAGCCUUCCCCCUUUUGUCUUGAAAAAUCCUGCAAGUCAUCAAAUCGACGCUACCAACGCAAUUUUGGUUCUUGCUGAUAAUGUGCGUGGUGCGGUGAGCUCCUAUAUGGAAAGUAUUCAUAAUACUUUUCUUCAUUUGGAAAAUGAGAAUCUAAAGGAUACUUUGUCUAAACUAAAAGCAAAUGCUCCACUUUUGGUAGCUCAGUUUAGAAACCUGAGUCAUACCACAAGUCAUUUUCUGAAUGCCGUAGAAGAAAUGGGUCAAAGACGAAGGAAGAGUGAUGCAAAUACAGAUGAUUGUGAUACACAAUUGGCCAUGUUAUUUCACUCUAAGCAGCCUAUCUAUACUGCUAUGGGGUCUCUAUUUGUAAUAUCACAAACAAUCACAAAUAGUAGUUUAAAUGCAAAUCAAAUUAAAUUAGCUUAUGAUCAAUUGAAGCAAUAUGUGAAUUCAAUUGAAGUUGGAAUACAACAUGUGAUUGAUACAUGCCAAACACUGAACGAAGUUCCUGCUAAAUUAAAUCAUAAAAUACCUGGUUGUGAGUCUAUCAGAAAUAAUGCAUCUACUCCUAUACAGAGACAACAUUAUCAUAUCAAUACUCUUCAUAGCUCACCACGUAUGAAUCACGGGAGAGCAGUAACGUCUACCAGUAGUAGUAGUAACAGAUCUCCUGUUCCAACACUAUCUGAUACAGAUAAUAAUGAAGUCGAUAUUGAUAAUUCAUCUGAGAAUUUGAUUGAUACAGCAAAACAGUUGGAUACUGGAUCCACUCUAUUCACCUCUAAUCAUACGGGGCAUCAUCGCAUACUGUCGGAUGACAUGCAUAUCUUGAGUGAUGAUGGGAAUGACGAUAAUGAUAGUUUUCAUAGUGACAUGACAGCUAAUAAUCAUACUUUACGUUUACAAAAGGAAGCAAAAAUCACAAAAUUCUUUGGUGAGGAUACAAUUGCUGCAGCUGUCCAUUAUCGUGAUACUCUCUUGAAUUCACCUACUUUGACCCAGCAUAAUGAUGUUCUUUCUACAGUUGCAACUCACAUUACAGGAGCUUCCUCUUCUACUGGAUCCAACCAAUUAGCAGCCACCAUCAUGUCAAAUAAUGAAACACCUUGGUAUCUUACUUCAGAUAUCGAUUCAAACGAAAUUGUAUAUAGUAUGGAAGGCAAAGUAAAAGGAGGAACAUUACAUGCACUUGUACAAUAUUUAACUCAACAUAACCAGUUAGAUUCCAAGUUUAAUACCACGUUUUUAUUAACUUACAGAUCAUUUUGCACUACACAGGAAUUAUUCAAUGAAUUAUUUAAUCGAUAUCAAUUAACACCGCCUGAAAAUUUAACUUUAGAAGAAUUAAAACUAGUGCGUUUAAGGGUAUUUAAUGUGAUUAAAUCUUGGUUAGAAGUAUAUUACAAUGAAGAAGAAGAUCGACCGAUAUUACCUGAAAUAAGCCAUUUUACAGAGAAUAUAAUCAUAGAAUCCAUGAAAUUUGGUGCUGAACAACUAACGAAGCUUAUUAAAAAGCGUUUAUUAGCAGAGGAUUCAAGUCAGAUUCGUAAAAUGAAAUUAAAUAUACGUACUGCAGAUAUGCCUAUACCCAUCCUACCCAAAAAUAUGAGGCGAAUUAAACUGUUGGAGUUGGAUCCACAUGAAUUAGCAAGACAGAUGACAAUCAUGGAUUUCCGUCUUUAUAAUUGCAUCAAACCCGUAGAGUGUCUGGAUAAGAAUUGGGGGAAACCGGAUACAGAUCAAGACCAUAUAGCUGCUAACGUCAAGGCCUCUAUUGAACAUUCUAAUCAAGUAACAGCUUGGGUGACAGAUUCCAUUUUGAGUAAAGAGGAAGUGAAAAAGCGGGCAAGUGUUUUGAAACAUUGGAUCUUUGUAGCAGAGCGUUGUCGAUUGCUAAAUAACUAUAAUACAUGCAUGGCCAUCCUGUCAGCCUUUGACAAUGGUUCGAUUGGUCGAUUAAAACGUACAUGGGAUUUUGUUAGCGCCAGAACCCUGCAGAUCUUACAAAACAUUCGUCGACUCAUGGGUGCAAAUCGUAACUUUAGUGAAUAUAGAGAUAUCAUCCACAAAGUGAAUCCUCCUUGUAUCCCAUUCUUGGGCAUCUAUUUACAAGAUUUAACCUUUAUUGAGGAUGGCAAUUCAAAUUUUUUGAAAAAAUCAAACCAUUUAAUUAAUUUUGCUAAGCGAAUGAAGACGGCUGAAGUCAUUCAGGAUCUUCAGCAAUAUCAAUCGACUCACUAUAUGUUAACUGCCGUCCCUGAUAUCCAACAGUUUAUUAAAACUCACCUGCAGUCAAGUAGAGAAGAAGAGGAACUUUAUAACUUGAGUUUAAAAUUAGAACCAAGGGAACGUGGUGAAGAUACAAUUGCUAGAAGAUUAAAAGAAUCUGGAUUAUAAUAGUUGAUUUGCUUACAUAAUACAAUAAUUCAGUUCUUUUCUUUUUUUUUUUUGAAGAAAAUUUAACAUACAUCCUCU